AUGGUCGUUGAAGGUGCAUAUGUCCUCGAGACGAUCCAGCUACGAGACUUCAUGGCCCGAGUGCGUAUGCGUAGAUCACUCGAACCCCACUCGAUAGUGGCAGCUGCUAAUAAUGUUACAGUGCUCCUUUUCUAUGAUCACGUCCUGACCUUCGACUCAGAAGUGUCAUUCAUAUGGCAAAGCUCCGCUAGAGUAGGAAAGACACUCUUCCUGCUGAAUCGAUACUUCGCGCUGGCGUCGAAUAUCUCGUACAUUGUCAUGCUCCACGCUGGCGUCUCUCUGUCUAGUUGGUUCACGGUCGCAGCACAUACUCGGGAUAGCACAGAGGCUAUCAGGACAUGCCUUGUCAGGCUUAUGGGAGGCAGGGCAGUCACAGACCCUUUCUAUUUCGAUGCCAUCACUAGAGACUUGGGUCUAGCAUCGGCGUGGGAAGCUCUUCUUGCCUUUGAUAUAUUCAUUUUCGCCAUGGUCGUUCUGAAGGUGCUAAAAGAGUACCAUGAAGAUGGGAUGAAGGGGCUCGCAGGAGAUAGUCUAGUGAAAAGCAUCCUCCGCGACGCGUCUUCUCAGACACCUCCACAUGAAGGCGCAGCCUACUUCGUGUUCAUGACCGCUGCAAAUCUGGCAAAUAUAGUUACUUACCAUCCAUCAUGGGUGGGAUUCCUGGCCAGUCCCGCCGCAAAUGUCUCUGUGCUAGCCAUGUCCAGGCUCAUGCUACAUCUACACGAAGUCGCUAAGAGUAGACAAGUGUUCGAACUUUCGAGAGGCGCCGCAUCAGUUGGCCUUGAGUUCGAAUGGCACAGGGAUCCGGCGUCGAGCGGCGUCGGUCCAGGACUCGGAGAUGUGUAG